AUGGCUCAGCGAAUGCUAUCGUUCAUCCACAGCCGUGCUCCGCGAGCUAUCGGAGUGUCGGACAAGGCAAUCGAUGAGCACAAAGAACUGAUUCGUGAUCUAUACCUAACUCGAAAAUACACCCGAGACCAAGUGAUUGCCCAUCUCAAAACAAAUCUAAACUUUAACCUGUCCCCGGACCAGUUCUCGAGGGUCAUCCGACGAUGGGGUUUUCGCAAGCAGUUUCAUUCCGGCAAAUCUACUCAACCACCAAAUACGACAGCUAGUGCAGACACGACAACUACUACUCCCAGCAAUGAUCUAUCUUGUACGGCCGAUGCAGAGCAUCCGGCUACGGCCCCUGAUCAUUGUCCCCUUCCUUGCCCCCCAGAGACGCAGCCAAAGCCCAAGAUCGACCAAGACGACAUUCCUGACAUCGACGGAGACGGUGACACCACAAUGAGUACACCGACCGACGAUAAAAGCAUCGAACCGAGUCUGACCCAUCAGUCCGCAGGAGAUCUCCUGGACUCGGCAGAUUGUCUAGCCUGCUGCUAUGAUUACACCAAAACACUCGACGGCUACAUCACUUUAUCAACUUCUCUUGAGGACUUGUAUGCGUGCAAGGAGCGAAGAGCCAGGAUUCUCGACAUGGCGAGGGGUGCCACGACACGAACAAACUGUGAGAUAGUAAGGCUGAUGCUAGAGACUGAGCUUGAGAUGAGCAAAGAUCCUCUGGACGAUAAGGGACAUACUCGAAGUUUACCGAAAGGUGUUGAAAUGUGCCGUAUGCAAUCAUUCCUAUUCCAUCGCCACCUUGCGCAGAUUUACGCACACCAAAACGACGGUACGAUCUCCAUGCAGAAGCACCUCGAUAUCGCUAGGAACUUUUCGAACGCGUUCGACACAUAUGGUACAGAUUCGAUAGAUCUUUGGACGCUGUUCUUUCUGGUACAAGACAAGAAAUAUUCUCAAAUCCCAAAGGAGCUUCUUGGCUCACUGCAGUGGGAUCAUGAAUCGUACGGCUUGAAUAUUGAGCACUGUCUUCGGUAUUGCUGGGGAAUUUUGAACCCGACCAAGUCGCUGUGUGAUGCCUUCGCAGUGUAUACGGCCUCAAUAGUGUAUGAUGCAGAGCAACGUACAAAGACAGAACCAACUGAAAUAAGCGACUUGGUAUUAGAAGAUAGUUCAUUUUCUUUGUGGAAAAGAUCCAGCAUUCUCUUCACAUUCCUGAUGCAACUAACGCAUGGCUCUCUACCCUGGAUGUCAGGACACCCUACAAUAUCCCCCACGCACAUCUUGAUGAUCGUAAGCAGGAUGAUCGUGAAAAGAUCAUCCAUCGCCUCCAAACACCCCGAUAACCUAAAGGAACCAGAGGGACACCCGCUGCAGAUUCACCCCACAAGCCUAAAGAUAUAUUGCGAUACCGUACUGGAGCUUCUUCACGAUACGUGGCCCGGUGGGAGUAAAGAGUUUGUUACACAAUUUGUUGCGCACCAUACAUGGUCUCCACCAUCAGAUUCAAAGAGAGCCCUUGCUUCACAAACUCAAAGCUACCCGUUAGAAGCACUCAAAACUGUCUUGGCAAUUAGAAGGGACGACCUCAACGCCGAGCACCUCUCUACAAUAAUGGAGGAUUGGACGCCUUCAUCGAAAGUUUCAAAAGAGAAACGAGUUACAUCAAUAGAUAGCGAACUUUCCAGAUUGCUGGGAGAGCACAGGGGGCAAAGAGUCCUUCCCAAUCGAAGACCCGCCGACAGCUAUAUCCAAGACCGACAAUUUCCGCCGCCGUCCUAUUCUUCCGGUAAAUCAUUGCAUUUAACAUCUGUUUCCUCGCAUGAUAUAUACCUGGACGCACUAAAAGACAACCCUACCAUGACUAGAUCCUUAGCAUCUCGUUCCUCAUGCUCAUCUCAAAGGUCGUACUCCAGCUCACUGCAGAGAUUCAAAGCAGCAGCGCUGAGCAGACAGCAACAGCCGAGGCUUACCAUGGCCUUGUCCGAAAGCUCUGAUGUGCUCAUGGGUGAAGGCUUCCUGGAGAACCUUCAAGAAGAUGAAUGUCUAGACUUGGAAAGCAAGAUUCAUGAUUCAUUUUAG